CAUAUCGUUAUGAUUUUAUAUAUCUCACGUUCUCCUAUUUGCUUCGCGAAGCUAAUUUUUUUGUUUACAGGUUUUUUUUUCAAGUACAUUAUACUUUACAAUAUUGCCAACAAUUCUUCAUGGGGUUCAAAUGAAUAUUGUUUAAUGCCCAGUGUACAAUUUUAUAAUUACUACAUUAUUCUUCGAGCCGAAUACUAUUCAACAUUAAGAGGGUAUGAAUAUUUCUAUCAUUGACUAUACGCCGUUUAGUUUUUGCGCAUUUCUGGCAAAUAGAAUAUUUACGAAUAUUUACGGUCAAUAUAAACUACUACGCACAUACCGAAAGGAAUGUAAACAUAGAGAAUAAUAUGUGCGAUCCUGGAAUGUGCCCCACCAAUUCUCUUCCUUUGGAAGUCACAGAUUCCUGCUCAGUUUCAUACGAACAGCGAUUCGAUCAAGUGAACAUAACAGUUAGUAAAUUUUGAAAAAAAAAACCAUGGGAGAAUCUGAUAACAAUUAUCAACAAAUGUUCAGGGACGUACAGCUGCUGCUGCAGCAGCAACAGGAGCAGCAUCACCGUGAGAUGCAGCUGCUGCAGCAGCAGCUGCAGCAGCAACAGCAACAGCAGUUGCAGCAACUGAGGGAGGAGCUCCUCCCUCAGCAACAACAGGAUCCGCGACCGACGGAGGAGCCCCUCCCUCAGGUGCGACCUGCGGAAAUCGGCGAGGAGGCGAAGCCACCGCGAAAAAGAGGAGUGGCGGCCGGCAGGUCCAGGCGCUUGCGGGGUUACCGGGGGGGUCAGGUAAUUGAUCCUUACUAA